CAUCCCUCCACUAUAAGAUAGACUGAUGGAGCCUAACUGUGGCAUACGAACAGACACCAGCCGAGGUAAGGUCAACUCUAAUCUCUAUCUCAAUGCUCAUCUCACAUACUUCACAUUUAAUUUCACUUCUGAGGAUCUUUCUUACACUGUAUUUAUCAGCAUCUCGGUGUUUUAGUUUGUGUGCCUGAUUGAUUUAUUUGUAAAAGUUGUGUAGUUAUGUCAGCGACAAGUGAGGUCAUUUUUUAAAAGAACUUUUUGUUGACUUAUGGACAGUCGUCAUGUAGCUCAGGUCAGUCUAGGCUUUUAUGAGUUUGCAUUUCCUUCUAUCUUGUCCAGAGUUGAUAAUAGUGUUAGUCAAAGUCUAUGAUCUUUGUACCUGUGACACAGUUAGAAAUUCACAGGUGUGUCUAUUACAAAUAUUUGCUGCAGUGAUCAAAUACUCUGUGUAAAUUACCGGAUGAUGACAAACAGAUAUGAACUCAUGCCUGCUGUCUAGGAGAGAUGACACAAUAUUGCAGUAAGUGAAAUCUAAAUAAAAGGAGAAAUCUCUGACCAUGUCUUUUGUGAUUCUUCUUCUAGGAACUACCAGCACUGCUUUUACUUCUGUCCAUCUGCAGAAAUACUAUAAAUAUGUACUACAGCGUGGCCAUGCUGAUCACCCUGCUCCAGGUUUUUACUGUGGGCUCAGCUGCUCCACUGUCAGCGGAAGUAGUAAAGAUGAAGUUAAAAGUCAAAAGGAUGGCUGAUCAGUUGGUGGGGAGGAUAAACAACAUUGAGGUGCCUUCUGGCCUGACCAUCAGUCCCUCAACUGAUGACUCCUAUGGACUUUCCUCUGUGGUUAUGGUCUUGGAGGGAUACAAUAGCCUGAUUUCAGACACCUUUAACGGAGUCCCUCAGGUGAAGUCUGACAUUUCGUCACUGACUGGUUACCUGAAACUGUGGAGCCAGGGUCACUGCAGCGAGCAGCGGCUGAAGCCCUCGGUGCCUGGGCCGCUGCAGGAGCUGCAGAGCCGAAAACAGUUCAUUCACACUGUGGGCAUGGAGGCUCUCAUGAGGGUCAAGGAGUACCUCAGUCAGCUAAUGAAAAACCUGGACCAUCUCGAGACUUGCUGAUAGACUUGACAAUGAAUCUGAUGUUUGAAAGCUUUGGGCCAAACUUUCUGAAAGGAUUUGUGAAGUCUGCAUCAGGGAUGUCUGACUUUGCACUUCUCGUUUGGCCACGUUGAACUAUUUUAUUGUUUCGAAGCAAUUUUAUUCUUGAAUAUUUACUUAUUUAUAUACGUAUUUAUUUAUAUAUUUGCAUAAUAUGUAUUUGGUAGCAAAAAUGGCCUUUUAAUUGGGGUGUUUGAAACAACUGUGAUUUAUGCAGGACUUUUAUAUGUAAUAUGAACUCAUAAAUGUAUGUGUUCAUACAUUGUUUUGACACCACUAUAUCAACAAAAAUCUCAGCAAAAUGUGCAACUCUGUAUCAGCAGUCAGCUGUGUUAACUGACUGCAGCUUAAGCAAACGUCAGUGUGUGAUGACGUCAGAUUUCCGGAAAACAGGCUGAAACCUGCCAAAAAUAGCAGAAGUAUUUCUUAAGAAAACUUGAAAAAAGGAGGAAAAGGAAAACCACAGAGGCCACUUGUCACUUUCUGUGCAAUAUCACCCACUUUUUAAAAACAAUCCAUUUGUAUCUGUUGACCUGAUAUUUGAUAUGAUAUUUUGUAUAUUUUUGUACAAUAUUUUUUACAAUGUUUGGAUUUCUAACUAUGAAUAAAUAUUUCAGUCAAACUUUUUUUUGGUAAUAUGUGAGUUUUCUUAUGUACUGUAUAAAGAUCAAAUGUGAAAAGGCACGUAGUUCCUGCUAAUGUAUAAUAUGGUUGUGGGUGUUUAUCUCAGUACAUUCAGGGGUCAUGAGUGGGAUGUGUUUAUCUAGUGUCAUCUGCUUAUCAUUAACUUGUGUUAAAACAUCUGCUUUUAUAUUA